AUGAAGUUUGUUGUUGUGUGGACUAUAAAAACAUGUAUUAUGGCGUAUGUAUGGCAGCACGUCUAUGACUCGCUGCAGCUUGAUGUGUCUGUACACCCGGCUUUAUUAACUGAGCCUCCUAACUGUUCAUAUAAACAUCGAGAGAAAUUAGCAGAGACGUUUCUUGAGGGUUUUAAUGCUCCUGAAGUUUGUCUCAGUGUUACAGGCUUAAUGGCUAUCUACGGCACAGGGAAGACUACUGGGUUGGUGGUAGACAUCGGAGAGGGCGUCACGCAGUGCGUUCCUGUGUUCGAUGGGUAUUUGGAGGCUUCUUCAUUAAAAAGAAGUGAUUUUGGAGGCGAAGAACUGCAAAUGUAUUUGCAAAAAAUUUUAUGCGAUAUGGGCUAUCAAAUGACGACGCGCGAUGACUAUGAGCAUGUACGAGUAAUUAAAGAAACCCUUUGCUUCUGCUCUCUAGACCCAGCCUGUACAGAGAUUACACUCGGACCCGAGAGGUUUUACCCUGCUGAGGCCCUCUUCAAUCCUCAACUCUGCGGCAGAGACAAUCCUUCACUCACCGAUCUUGUUUGGUCUUCUGUGCGAGCAUGUCCAAUUGAGAAUAGAAAGAGUUUAGUAGCAAACGUAAUUCUGUGCGGAGGCUCGACGCUCUUCCCCGGAUUCCCUGAACGGUAA